CGCAUCCUGCAAGUGCGGUCUGAGGCUCCACUACGCGGAUUGCUGAGGUGGUGUGCGGUCUGCCCUUGGAUCGCAGCCCCAUCCGACGGUCUCCAACCCUGCUGCCCAGAAAACACAAACUGCACUCGGAUGAUGCGGUGCGUUUGCUGACGUGGAUUGGACCGCUCCUCUAAGGUGCGGUUUAUAGUUAAAACGCAUCGUCCUGGUGCGGUUUAUUUAUAAAACGCACCUUGGAGGUGCGGUUUGAUUUAAAAGGUGCUAUUUUUGUAAAUAUUUUCGACUGGGUGCUAGUUUUGUAAUUUUUUUUAAAAAGAUGCUAUUAUUGGAAAAAUCCCCCAAGAAACUAUUGUAUGUUUGCAUAACUUAGUAAUGGGGAAUGUAACAAUAAUGCAUUAUGUUAGGUACGGUGCAUGUGUCGUAUCAACCGUAGAGCAAAGAGUUGGUACCAAUAUUGGAUAAAAGUCCAAUUCCCACGCAAAAGAUCGUAGCCCUCCAAUGCUCAAGUUAGUACGUGAAGUCAUUCAAAUAAUGUGGAAAUGAGAGGACAAGAGAGGGAGGCACACAUCUCCAUAUGUUGAGAGUACAUGUGAGACAUAUUGUACAUGAAGGUUGAAGGAUGUACACACGGAUUGUAUUCUUUUCAUGUUCUCGUGUCUCUCUCUCUCGUACGUUUGUUUUGACAAGAACUUAUGAUCCAAAUACACCUUUAUACUAAUUAGUCUGGCUUUUGUUAUCAUAAACAUGUUCUCAAAGUACUGCCGUAUGUUUGCAUAAUUUAGUAACCCAAUAAUGCACUAUAUUAUUGUAUAAAAGUCCAAUUCGCGCUGAAAAAGUUGUAGCUCUUCGAUACUCAAGUUAGUACGUGAAGUCAUUCAAACGUCGUGAAAAUGAGAGAACGAAUAGAGAAGGGGGUAACAUCUCCAUCUCCUCAUAGUACACGUUGAGACAUUUGUACUAUGAAGGUUGAAAGGACAUACACUUCUGUGGACUGUGGUUGAACAUGGUUUGGCCAAAUGUAGUUGAACUCUUCUCUUCCGCCAAUUAAGUAUGAUUAGUGUAAGUUGUAUUUCAUUCGUUACACGACAAGUGAGCGGUGGUCAAUAAAUAAACUAACAAUUUGCAAUCAUGUGCAUGCAUGACCUACACAUGGUAACCAAAGGAUGCCACAUGGAUACCUCUAGUAACAUUAUUCCUAUUGUUUUUUUUAACCAUAAAAAAAAAUUUAUCGGGAUUUCAAAUACCAAAUAAUAUUUGAAAUCUACUAAACCUGGGGAGCACCUGUACAAGACACAACAUCGGGAGAUUUCGUCCCCGACACUCAGGCAUGCCUCGGGGAACACACAAACGGCGCCGCUGGGGAUCGAACUCAGGACCUCUCACAUCCUGAGCCAACUAGACCAACGGUUUCACCGCUAGGCUCAUUAUAUAUCAAUUUUUGGAACUUAUUUUUACACGGUAUUUAUCAAAUACUAAAAUUCCUAAUUAAUCAUCUAAUUGUCAAAGCGCGGGCUAAAUCACUAGCCAUCAAUAAGCUCCUUUUCCACGGCGGGGAAGAGUCAUAAUUAACAACCAUGGUGGACUGAAAGUAAUUAAUGACCCAACUGAAGCUUCCCAUUUAAGGCUUCCCUGCAGCUGCAUAGGCUCAAAAGACGAGGCCAAAUCUCAGUCAUAGAUAGUCGUCAUCGUCUUUGAUUCCCUGAGAGGGAAGAAAGAGAAUCAAUCAAGCAAAAAAAAUGGAGAAAAACCCAAGUCUCCAAGCACCAUUAAUUUUCUCCUCCUCCCCUGAAUCGACCUCGAGGCAGAGUAGGUUCAGCAGGGAUGAGAUUCUGAGAGAAGUGAAGCAGCAGCUAUGGCUGGCAGGCCCUUUGGUCACCGUCAAUUUCUUGACGUAUCUCUUGCAGGUGAUUUCAGUCAUGUUCGUCGGCCACCUCGGCGAGUUGCCCCUCGCCGGCGCUUCCAUGGCCACUUCCUUCGCCUCCGUCACCGCCUUAUCUCUCUUGAAAGGAAUGGCGAGCGCAUUGGAGACGCUCUGCGGACAAUCGUACGGAGCGAAGCAGUACCAUCUGCUCGGAAUUCAUUUGCAGCGAGCAAUGAUUGUACUUCUCCUGGCUGCAAUUCCCCUGUCUUUCAUCUCCGGGUACGCCGAACCGAUCCUACUCUGCCUCGGCCAGGAUCCGGAGAUCUCGGCUGAGGCAGGGAAGUACGCGCGGUUCGUGAUCCCGAGCAUAUUCGGGUUCGCGAUCCUCGAGUCGCACGUCAGGUUCCUGCAGUCGCAGAACAAUGUGAUCCCGCUGAUGGUGACGACCGGAAGCACCACUCUGCUUCAUGUUUUGGUGUGUUGGGCUCUGGUUUUCAAGUCCGGGCUCGGAAACAGGGGAGCCGCUCUGGCGAAUGGCAUUUCUUACUGGAUCAAUGCUUUGUCGUUGUUCGUCUAUGUUAGGGUUUCUCCUUCUUGCAAGCAGACUUGGACCGGUUGGUCUAGAGAGGCCUUCCAUGGGAUUCCAGGGUUCAUUAGACUAGCCAUUCCUUCUGCCAUUAUGCUCAGCUUGGAGAUUUGGUCGUUUGAGAUGAUGGUUCUGUUGGGUGGCUUGCUUCCGAAUCCAAAGCUCGAAACUUCUGUACUAUCCAUAAGCCUGAAUACAUGUGCAAUGAUCUUCAUGAUACCAAUGGGGUUCAGUGCUGCUGUGAGCACGAGAGUUUCGAAUGAGCUAGGAGCUGGGAGGCCAAGAACUGCGAUCCUAGCGGUAUAUGUUGCGUUGGCAAUGGUGAUGACAGAAGGGAUUCUAGUCGGGAUCGUCCUGGUGUCUGGCAGGAGCAUCUGGGGUCACUUGUACAGCACGGAAGAGAGAGUAGUGAAGUACGUUGCGGAAAUGUUGUUGCUGAUUGCAGCUUUCCAUUUGUUUGAUGCCAUCCAAGUCGUGCUCUCAGGCAUUUGCAGGGGAUGUGGAAGGCAGAAGCUAGGGGCUAUUGUCAAUUUAGGUGCAUACUAUAUGAUUGGAAUUCCUUGCUCGGUUGUUCUAGCUUUCGUUUACCAUAUGGGAGGAAAGGGUCUGUGGACAGGAAUCAUGGUAGCAUUGAUCUUCCAGGCAUUGUUUCUCUCAAUAAUGACCAUCACAACUAGCUGGGAGAAAGAGGCAAAGAAAGCCAAAGACAGAGUUUAUGGUGCCAUCGUUCAAGAGCCAAGUCAUGAGUUGCCGUAGAAGAUCAGGCUGGUCGAAGAAGAAGACAAUAGAUCUGAGGAAGGAAAAUUCUCCUUGGCUCGCCGGCUGUGUUUCUAUGUCCGAUUCCGAGGAUUAGUGGGUUAAGACCGGCGCCGGCGGGUGCAUCUUCGUCUGCCGGAGAAAACAGAGCACUCUGUUUAUUAAGAGAAGAAAUGGUUAAUGGUAUCCCCCACUUAUUUGUAUUUUUGUGGGCCUGUUAUAGUAAAAGCCCAAAACAAAAUAAGCCCAAAAGGGUUGCUUAUAAGUUAUAAAUAGUAAUUUUGUCAGAUGCCCCCGAACGCACAAAUAGUAAUUGCCUAAUGCUAAUUAUGGUUAGAGACUACAGUAUCUUCAGAAAGACUAUUUACGGCGUAGAAAAUUUUCAAUUAAAAUGGACCUGAUUUCAAAUUUUUAUGUUGUAGCUUUUAUCGAGAUGUAGGAGACAUUUUUCGUAUAUGACUCAAAACGAGUCGUUAUACUUUAAAAAGACACGUUUAAUCUUGUUGCUAUAUGUUACUUUUGAAAAGAAGGAUAAAGAAUUGGUAACCGA